CUUCUUACACACAAACACACACACGCGUGCGGAUGCAUUCUUCCUAUCCUUUGGAAAUAGAUUUCCAUUAGAUUGGCAAUGAGCCAUUUUUUUUCUUCUUCUUAUUUCUAACGAAGCAGGGAUCGGUUCAGUUGCUUGAAUAAGCCUCCAUACAUUCUUUGUGCUUUAUUUUUCUGAACCUUGGACACACAUGACAGACAGACCUGCAUUGACUGUGAUGUAUAACAAUGAAGUUAAUGUGAACUGACAUUUGCCAUGGCAUCUCCAUCUGGUUUGGAUUCCGAAGAGUUUCCUGUUCUUCAGAAUGUUUUUGAAAAUGGAUUACCCAGUGUUGGUGCUCUUGAUGGUAUCAUGGCACAUAUUGACCAGAAACUCCAUCAGAACUCAAGAGAACUCGACGAAUGCUUACAAGCUGUUAUCACCUAUACGAACAAACUGCCUGGUACAAAAUGUCUGAAUUCUCCUCAAGAUUCUCUGAAAUACAUGAUAAACUCUCAUGUUUUAGAGAAAAGUUCUUGCUAUGACCUAGACAUGGAUGACAUCCUCAAAAUUUUGCAACAUGUCCAAAAUAGUCUUGAAAAGCAUCCAGGCUGUGAAGAACUUAUCUUUGAAGAUCUGAUGGCGCUUUCAUCUUCUGAAGGUAUUUCAUUACCACUACGCUCUGCUCUCAGUCCGCACACAACAGAGACGUCAGUGGCCUCUCUGAAUUCUGUGCAGGACAACCAUGAGACACUCAUAGAACAGAACUGGGAUCAAAUAGCACUUAAAUUUCGCAGGUAUUUCAUGGACAAGCUGUCUAAAUUACCAUUACGAGGUUUUGAGCAGGAACUCAAUCUUCAAGAACACAAACGAUACGAAUAUUUACAAAGCUUAGUCACGUUGUAUCAAGCCGAUGACAUCUGGUUCUGCUACCAGAUGCUGAGAGUUCAACAGCUGGAGGGUUACUUCAAUAGUCUUCUACCACAGUCUUCUGAUGAGAAACUCGAUGUGGCAGCAAUCACAAAGAACUGUGGAAUUCUGGCAGCUCUCAUCAAUGGUAUGAUUGACGAGGACUUUGCCAUCCUCUCCACAGGAAUGUUCAAGAAAGUAUCAAGUACUUUCAAAGCUAUUCAUGAUCUCUAUCUUGAUAAAUAUGCUGAUGAGAUGUCAGCUCUCAUUGAAGAAAUAUACGAUGAUCUCAAAGACAUAAUGCAUCGCAACUCUGCACAGUCAUCAAGCGAAUUUCUUUAUGAUGGCAACCACAAAAAACCUCUUUUAAAAGGCUAUGCUAGUCCUGCAGAGCAGGGCCUACUUAACUCAGGAGCAAGGCGUUCUAGUCGAAAAGCUUCAAUUGUUAUUUCCAAACACUAUUUGCAAUCUUUGCAAGAUAUUCUUCUGUCUGUUUUUCAUAUUGAAGAACAUAUGGACUCUUUGUACAAGAUGGCAUGUACCGGUAUAAGUAGCACCAGUGGCAAUAGCAGCAAUAGACGACGAGGUUCGAAAGGAAGUUUAAGGGGUGUUUUAAAGACUGUGAGUCCAGACCUUCUUGGUCGUAAAGGUAGCAAUAGCAGUGAAAGUUCAACAUCUGAAUCCUCUCUCGUAGCAUCUCCCAGACCUUUGUUGGACAGUAGACCUGCACCUAAAAUUGUUGAGAAAUCUAAACUGGAAGAAAAACCUGUUUGGGAAUGGAAGCUAGUUUUUAAACUCAUUAGUCCUGAUUUAGUGCAAUGUGUUGAGCAAGUGGUAUGGUCAAAUGCCAGCUCUAGCCUUGAGAAAGAACAGAAAGACUGGGAGAUUGCUUACUCAAUGGAAGUUGUCCAACUACCUCAUGAUGUCUUGGCUGGAUGUAUUGAUCACUAUCCUAGAGUCGUUUCGAAAUGUGUUUAUGAAGUGAUUGAAGAUUUGUACAUGUUGCUGCCAUUUGCCAAAGCUGGUAAUGGUGGAAUAUUACAUCCAGUUAAAUCAGCAUUUGUCCAUUCUGCCAACCAACUCUUCAGCAAUAUCCAUGGCCAUUAUCUUGCAAUCAGUCAAGAUAUACCUAAGAAAGCUGCAGCCAAGUUUUUGUUGGUGACUCUCUCAAGUUGUGUCUAUGUUCGAGAUCAUCUUAACAUUUUCAAUGAGGUGCUAGGAGAAGAAGAAGGGAAGAAACCAUUCGCCACCCGACACGAACAGUUUGUUGAAGUUGUUGAUAUCUUGCUGGAGAAGAUUAGCCAUGUCCACACUAUUCUCUUAUCGAACAUUCUCUAUGAUGCUGAGAGUUAUCACUGGGCUGAGGAGAAGGAAUUUUAUGAGAAUGAAAGGUGUUCCUUCCCCAUUCAGAUGUGGCACCAACACUUGACUGGUGUCCGGACUGACAUUUGGUCUAUAUGUCCUCCAAAUUUAGCUCAAAGUCUUUUUACCAAUAUUCUCUAUGAAUCUCUGGCAAUGCUCACAAGAAGAUAUACACGUAUAAAACCAAGUUUUCGACGUGUCAUUCAAUUCAGAAUGGAUAUCAUUACAAUAUUACUUUGCAUGUUUGACCAAAUGAUGUACGUUUGUGACUCAAGUGUCAAGCUCCUGGAACCUGGCUAUAAUCAACAACCUCACUAUAGCAUACACAACCUUUGUUCAAUCCUCUUAUCUGUUCUUGCUGUUGUUACUUCUCCUGUUGAUCUCCUAUAUAAAGCCUGUAGAAAGAUACACCAGAUCCAAAAACACAAUUCCUUCAGUCGCUCCGUUCUUCUGAUCGAUGACAAUCAUAGCUACAAUUCUCAUUGGUUGUCAUGGAUACAUCCCAAGUUAUUACAUCAGGGACAGAAAAACUAUGGUGAUCUUCAGACAACUGUAGCUUUGUACAUUCAUACCAAACUCCUUGUAUGUCAACCAUACCCAGUAUGGUCUCUUGUUAUUCAGGCUCUCGUCAUGAAGAACUUCACUUUACCGAUUUUAUUCUUGACCCAAAGUCUAGCACAAGCUGAUGUUGGUUGUGUGUUGAAAGUAGAAGACAGGUCUUCUACACCAGUAUUAGAAAAUGAACUGGCUGUUAAACAGCUCUUCAAGUCAAUCUGUACAGUAUUGUUAAAUAUGUCUUUGUACUUUCCUGAAGCAUUAGGGAGAGUACUCCUACCUGUUAUUGAUCGUUUUGAUCAGUGGAAUAUAUUCGACCAACUAGGUGCUUGUAAAUAUGCCAAUCCUACAAUUCCUGUUUGGUUGGACACUAUAAUCUUCCUGCUUAAGCCUUUCAUAUUGAGAGUUUUGAAACCUGUUCUGAAGAAAUUGUUGAAUCAUCCGAGCAGUAGUCGGGAAAUUGAAUCUGUAAUGUCUGUGAUUUCUGACCUCCCCUGUGGAUGUGUACCACAGAGUAUUGGUGCUUUCCGAACCAAAAGACGGCAAGGUUGUGCAAAGGAUCAAGUUAACAAUGCAGUUUUGGAGGUGCUCAAGCAACUCUCAGAACAUAUCUACACACUACCAACUUCCUUUUGUACUCUCUUCAAGAUUCUCCAAGAUGCAGUUAAAGAGAAAGGUGCUCGGAUACCUCAUGAUUGUUUAGGGUUACAGAUUAUUGCAUUAGGUCUGAAGAUGCAGCUUUGGUCUGGUACUGCUGUUGAAAUUAUGUCAGGAACAUCUUUUAGUCCGGAGACUAAAAAGAUCCUCACGCUUUUAGCUGAGGGUGUUUACUCUAUUCUUAUUUAUUCAGAUAUGGACCUGAGUCCUAUAGAAAUGAACAGUUUAUUACAGUCACAACAUAAUGAUUUCACCAACGAAAAUAUCAACCAUAUUGUCACAUUCUUGAACUCUGACUCCAGUUAUUCUACUCCACGUCAUAUGCCAGAAAAUACAAUAUCAGAUUUUGCUGAAGAAUAUUACCAAGCUGCUGCUAAUGAACUUUUUGGGUGUCCUACAGGUAUGAAUUGUCUAGCCGAUGUUUAUUGGUUGGUUGUACACAAUGUUGAUUGGCUUGAGAAUCAGCUCAAUAUCCAGACUAGUCUGCCUCGGACAAAUAUUAGUUUAUCUACAAAUUUUACGAUUAAUUUCUCACCUGUACCGCCGCCUUCCUUCAACCCCCUCAAUUCUUUUGAUGAGAUUGGCAACAGCAAACUAGAUCAAGAAAAAAUCAACAAAUUUGACUGUGACUGGGGUGACCUUCUGUUCCGGGAUCUUGGUUUAAGCAUAUAUGGUGUUAGGACACUGCUUUUGAAUAGGCAUGAACUCCAAGAAGGUGCUCACUUGGAGGAACAUGAACGGAAGUCAGUUGAAGAACUGCGACUGUUAUUGGACUAUGACACCAGUGAUCACCGUUAAAGACGUUGAUGUUAUGACAUCUUUCUACCUUUUUUACUACAUCCUCUUCAAUUACUGCUGCCACCAAAUACUGCCAUUUUUGGUAAACCUGCCUGAUUAAAACAUUUAUGAAACCUGCCUGAGAUGGCUUUUCCUACGAGCUUCAUCUCUCUCUCUCUCUCUCUCUCUCUCUCUCUGUUUGUUUGUUUGUGUGUGGAGAGAUGCCUUACAUGACUGCUUUCUUUCACUGUUGCUCGUUUGGAAUUAUCCCAAACAAUAGCACAGGAUUGAUUAAUGUGCAGAUAAUCACUCCCUCCCCUUACUUCAUUGAAUUUUCAUUCAUUUGUAACAAAAAUUCUUCAAAACUUUCUUCAUCAAGAACAUCUUCCUAAGUUUACGUUUCACUCAGCUUCCUUUUUAACCAACCUUUAUGACUUUCUAUUUCUCUAGUCUUUUCACACUCUCUACUCAUUGUUAUUUUCAGAUGACCCUUCAAUUUUUAUCUAAAAUAUUUUAUCUCCCUUCACCGAUCUGAAGUUACUCUUUCCUCACUGUUAACCAUAUUUUUACUCUAAUCACCUAUGUCAGUUCACCCAUGAAGCUAUAUUCACAUAUUUCUGUUUCAAGAAAUAACCCUUAUCACCCUAUUACACCAAAUAAACCUGUCAGUCACUCCCCACUCUCUCUCUCUGUCACCAACUCUAAUAUUUUUCAUCAUUCUCUAAUCAUUUAUUUAUUAUUUCAUUUCCCUGAAAUAUUUAUUCUGCAACUUAUUUAUAUAUUUAAAAUUCUUUGCAAG